CCCAGGUGGCAGGCGGCAGCAGCAUGGUCCUCUCAGAGGGACGGACAGACAGACACCUGCAAUGGUAUUUUCCAUGUGCCUUCCGAGGCUGGGGGGCGAGUUUGCGCCACACAAGCAGAGAGCAGCUAUUUUGAAAGUGACCCCUCAUUCAGGCAGCGACUCUGCAGCUGUCAGGAACCAUGACUGAAGAUGACGGAUUCUGUUGUCGUGGAGGGAUAUGCCAGACUCAGAGAUGGGAAAAAGUGGAAAACUAGGUGGCUCGUACUUCGCAAGCCGUCGCCUGUAGCAGAUUGUCUCGUGCUGCUGGUUUUUAGAGACAAAUCUGAGAAGGUUCAGGGCAACAAGGAGAGGGCGAGUGUCACCUUGGAGGAGAUCUGCGGCCUGGAGGCUGGACAGUGGUAUGAAGGUGUGGCUUUUACUCUCGCCAUCCUCUGCUUGAAUCAGGCUGCUCUACUGGGCUUUGACAGCAGGGAGGCCCUGCAGGCGUGGGACGUCCGACUACGAUACAGCCUCGGGGAGGUUCACAGAUUCAGUGUUGGAGUCUUACCAGGGACCAAGUUGGAAAGUGGACCUGCAACUCUUCAUCUGUGCAACAAUUUGCUGGCUCUUGCUCGAGACGUCCCUCCUGUUAUCAUUGGCCACUGGAACCUGCCAGACUUGCGCAGAUAUGGACCUGUACCACAUGGAUUUGUGUUUGAGGGAGGAACAAGAUGUGGCUACUGGGCUGGUGUUUUUCUGCUCGCAUCUGCGGAGAGCGAACAGAUCAGUUUUCUUUUCGACUGCAUCGUCAGAGGCAUCUCUCCCAGCAGAGGCCCAUUUGGACUGCGGCCGGUUUUACCAGAAAUCAGUUCCAGCCAUGCAAAUUCAGAGGAGAAGCUGGACCAUGAGGCCCAGGAGUUAGAGAAACGUCUGAGCAUGCUCUCUCAUGGGAGUAGCACAGCCUCGUCCACGUACUGCCCAUCGGCUGGGGGAGACGACCGCAGCAUAUCUGGUUCUUCUGACACUUCAGACACCAGUCAGGCAGACUGCAGUAUUGGCAGCCGGCUGGCCAUUUGGGCUGAACCUGCUUCCACCCAACCUGGAAAUGUCAGCCACGUAGGCUCAAAAGUGGCACUACAGAUCGUAGAGAAGCUUUCUGCUAGCCAGGGAAGUGGAAACCGACCUGCAGCCAAGAACCCCCGGCAGCUCCAGGAAAUCGGUCGUCAGAGUUCAUCUGACAGCGGAAUUGCAACUGGUAGCCAUUCAUCGUACUCGGGUAGUUUCUCCUCAUAUACAGGCAGCCUGGAUAUCACCCAGGGAGAGGACUUUGGGUCUGUUUUCAGCUUGCCUCCCUACAUGGCUCAAGAGCUGAACCCAUGCAUUUGUCCCACUGUUUCUGGACAUGAGUACCAAGUGCCAACCUCACUUCGGUAUCUCUACAACACUCCCAGGAGUGUACUGCAGGAAAUAAGUGGUGGUACUAAAGACAAUGAGCCCUCCACCUCAACUACAGACACUUCUACCCCUUCAGGCCUCAUUACAGAGCCAGAGAAAGGGGGUAAAAGCAGUGCAACAACCUCUGAGGGUCACUCAGAGGCUGCUGAGAGGCAAUCUAUCAGUGAACACUUAAAAUGCCUUUCAGAAGAGAGUAGGAAAACCAAGGUGGCGCCCUCUAGUGACUCAAGUCAAACCUCCAAUCUUGUCUCUGGCUCCAAAACCAUUGUGAGCAUCUGUUCAGUGUGUGGUGGAUUUAAGGGAACAUCAUUCACACAUUCAAGUUCUUCAGUGAUACCUGCCAUACCAGUUAAGAAAAUAUUGGAGAAGUCCUGGCCCUCCCUUGACUCUAGAAGCAUCCACAGCACAGAGCAAACAAGAAUGAAGACGAGUGAGGAGUCGCUACAGCCAAAAAGAGGAGAGAAAACAUUAUUCAGUCGCUUGUCUGAUUUGCUCAGCUUUCCAAACGCAGACAGGCAGCCAGAGGCAAGGGCUCACAGAUUGAACCUGUACGAGUCAAUGAGCCCUGCUUUGGGAAAUGAGCUCAAUUUGGCACCGGCUGCACCACUGAAAGACUCGCAGCAAGACAAAAGAGCUGUCAUCUAUGAAAAUUGUCUGAAGUGUCAAGGAGCGCACUGCCAUCCUCCACUACGGGUCAUGCCUGCUAAAAUGUAUAGCAACAGGGACAUUUCCACUUUUCAAAUGUUCCCAGCUGGGCUGCACCUGAUUAAAAGCCAAGAACAUGACUGUGCUGCUGAUGAGAAGCUGCUCCAUCAAGCUCUCAGAGAUGUGGACGGGCAGUGUCGGUAUGAAGAGAUGAAUGAUCAGACAGUGAAUGAAGACAAAAAGCUUAAAGAAGAAAAACACAGAGCCGAUCCCGCUUAUGAGAUCAUGGAGAGUCGCAUGCCGGAGAGGAGCUCAGAGGCAGAAGAGAAAAGCAAGUAUGAGCUAAUGGGCAGCUGCAGCCAGCAGAGGUUUCUUCAAGAGACUGAAGGGGCAGUGUUCGUUUUCCCUCCCGAGGCUCCACUUCCUGAAAGGCAGCGGAGUGAUGGUGUGACAUAUGUAAAUAUUCCUGUCAGUCCCACAUCCAAAAAGCAGCUGAACUACAUGGAGCUGGAGCUGCAGGAGCCAGGACACGGCACCAGAGGGACAGUCGCACAUCUACCAGCUCAAAGAAAGAGCUCUACCAAGUACGCCCAAAUUGACAUCACUGCUACUGAGACAGCCCACAAAGUUGGCACGCAGCAUGCCCUGGGACGGCAGGAGGGCCUGCACACGCUGGAGCUGAGAAGAAAAGGAACACCACGCUGACACCACUAAAAUGUCGAUGUCUGUUGGAUGGUUUUACCCAACACAAGCCCCUCAACAUGAAACUGUAAAGUUUGCAAGUGUUGUGGCUCUGAGGGGCUUAAUAGAAGGGGAUUCCUUCUCUGUUCCAUUUUUUUUAAUUAUAGACUUCUCUGGAGGUGCCACUGCACGUUUACAAAUGCUGAAAUCCCCAAAAGUGCCCACUUUCUUAGCCUGAGAAAUACUUUUGCAAUCACCAAGCAGUUUGAAGGUGGAGGUCUCAGAAAGGUUUGGCGUGGGCUCUUUCUACGUUGUUUUAUUUCUGAACUUCAGCAUGUCAUUACGUGGCAUUAUGUCAGCUUGUGGAGGACAUGCCAGUCCUGAGCUGAGUCACCAGCUCAAAUAAAACCCCCUGAGCAGCAGCAUUUCAGAGCCAACUCAGGCCUGCCCUCACAGCACACAAUACUCAGACUUUAUUGUCAUUCAGAAUGCACCAGUGUAAACAGAACAAAAUUAUGAUGCAUGUGGCUCAGGACAGAAUAAACAUGAAAAACUAUAAACAAAAUGGCUCUACUAAAAAAGCUAAACAAAAAAAAAAACUAUACUAUAAAGUGCAGUAGUUAAAAUGACCAGAGUGUUACCAGUAAUACAAAAGAUCUCUCUCUCUCUCUCUCUCUCUCUCUCUCUCUCUCUCUCUCUUGCUCUCUGUCUCUCUCUCUCUCUGUAUAUAUUUAUAUAUGGUUAUUUUUUAUAUAAAUUACUAUAAAUAGGAAUCACAGAUGUAUUCAGAGUGCAAUAUGGCAACAAAGAAACACAAAUGAAAGUUCAGAAUUGUAGUAAAAUGAUGAAAAUGAGACUAUAGCAGCAUAAAUUAGUCAUAUGGCAACAGGAAUGUGUAGUAUGGCAGCAUGAAUGAAUAAGUUAUUUUGAUUUCAGCAGUCUGGUGACCUGGGGGAAGAGCUGUUACUGAACCUGGUGGUCCAGCACAGAAUGCUUCUGAACCUUUUUUCAGAGGCCAGUAGGAAGAACAGACUGUGGUGGGGGUAUGAGGAGUCCCUAGUGAUGGUUCUAGCUUGGAAUAUGCAGCUUUUUGGUGCAAUGUCCCACUGAUCUUCUUUGCUGUCCUCACCCCUCUCCUUGCAUUCUUCCUGUCAGAGGCACUGCAGCCUCCACGCCACACAGAGAUGCAGCUGGUGAGGAUGAUCUCUGUGGUGCCUCUGUAGAAUGUAGUGUAGAUGGGUGGGGGGCAGGUGGGCUGUUCUCAUCCUAUGCAGGAAGUGCAGGCUUGACCAGGUAAGAUCAUCUCUGAUAUGCACCCCCAGGAAUUUUGUGCUACUGACCACCUCCACAGCUGUGUUGUUAAAGAAGAGUGGCCCGUAGGUCGACUGGUUCUUAUUGAAUAUGCUGGUUUUGUUUUAUUUAUUCUUGUGAGGAAUUAAUUCAUUUGUUCCUCAAUGAUUAUUAUUCCACAUGUAGCUGCUCAAAACUCUUUGAAUGCAUUAAAAUUUGGAGCAAGUGUCCACUCAGUAUUACUCAUAAUGCUGCAAAAAUUCAAACUGGUCCUCUAAAAGAUAAAUAAUUGGAUUAGUUGUGUUCAAAAGCAGCACAAAUGAUGUUUCUUCAUAUUUCAACACUGUAUGUUUACUUUUGUUAGCUUGUCUGUAACAAAUGGGUUGGUGUUUAUCAUGAACAGAAUUUCAAUGCAGCUUUAGUUGUCUGUUCUUAUGUGACAGGCUUUACUGUGGGAAAGUCUUCAUAAAUGAUGUAAAGCUGAGAAGAAUCCUCUCUAAAAAUGGUUGAAGGUUUUCUUUGAAAAGACGUUUGAAGUUUUUCCUUUAAAAAAAAGAGAAUCAGCCCACUGAUGAUGCGACAUAUGCAUCCUUUUCUUUAUUUUGUGAGUGCACAUUGGCAUUUAACCACAAUUAGACCAAUGUUUUUUAGCAAAUUUUCUGCCUAUUUUAUUUGGUACAAUGUUGUCUUUAUCUCCAACUUUGUUUUCAUUAUUUUAUUUUCUACUUGGCUGACGUGGAUCGUUACAUGUGAAGACAUAUGUGUAACUAAGAUGUACUGAAAGUUUGACAACAGUUCCUUCUAUACAAGUUUUUUUUUUAAUUGUGUAAAUUAUUUAUAAUUGUAACUACAGCGUUGUUGCUUUUUUCUAGAACUACAAUAAGUAGCACAAGACUUUUCAUUAAUGUGUAAAAGUGGUAAAAAGCAGACUUAUUGGAAACUUAAGUAUCAUGUAUAUUCACCUUGUGCUCCAAGCGUAACAUUAAUAUCCAAAGGAAAGUCAGGACCUCAGGUUUACAUUGUAUUGUAACAAGAUCAUCAGUAAUAUUCACCUGUCUGGUUUUUAAUGAUUUGUGUGUUUUUAUUUAGUGACAAUGGAAUAACUAUAAUUACAUGUUACAUAAUUAUAUACAGUGGCACAACUCAUUGUGCCAGUUGAUUAAAUGUAAAUAAACAUGGAUGAAAUGAUGUGAAAAUCAUUUAAAAUGUCAAUUUAAUUGAAAAGCAAUAAAACAAAAGCAAAGGCAGCAAAAGAGAGAAGUUGGCUAGAAAAAUCUAGUUGGAGCUGAACAAUUUAAUACCAUCUCUUCAGUUUUACUUCUUCACAAAAGAAGAAAAGACAAGACUGGA